UUAUUGUCUACAUGCAUGCAGAACUGUGUUGAAUUCUCAUCCAUCGCAAUGAGCAACAGAUUCCUGGGCACCUGGAAACUCGUCUCCAGUGAGAACUUUGAUGAUUACAUGAAAGCUCUGGGUGUGGGGUUAGCCACCAGAAAACUGGGAAACUUGGCCAAACCCCGAGUGAUCAUCAGCAAGAAAGGGGAUAUUAUAACUAUAAGAACUGAAAGUACGUUUAAAAAUACAGAGAUCUCCUUUAAGUUAGGCCAAGAGUUUGAAGAAACCACAGCUGACAACAGGAAAACAAAGAGCACUGUAACCUUGUCAAGAGGCUCAUUGAAUCAAGUGCAGAAAUGGGAUGACAAAGAGACAACAAUAAAAAGAAAGUUGGUGGAUGGGAAAAUGGUAGUGGAAUGUAAAAUGAAGGGCGUGGUCUGCACCAGAAUUUAUGAGAAGGUCUGAGAAAAUCAUUUCCUCAUUGAAGUGGCAUUUGAUCAUUUGAUGUUGGAGAUCAACGGUUUUUGUUGGCAAGGCCCGACUACACUGCAAUUUGUUUGUUUUUGCUUUUGUCUUAAUAGAUCAGAGAGGUAAAGGUCUAAACUGAGGAUUAAUCUAAAAUUCAGUGUUGUUGAAACAUUUUCGAUUUGCAUGCAUUUCCUUACUGUAUUAAAGUAUGUAUACUGGCCACACCUAAAUACUUGAUAACGUCAUUUAGUGAUCUGUGAAAUUCUAACUUAUGUUGUACUUUGUGCAUCGAAGUGCAAGUAAAGCAAGUAACUGGAUAGUAAAAGGAAGUAAAUGUAUUGAUCGGGGUAGCAGGAGCAUAAUGGGAAGAGGAUCAGAAGUGAGACAAACUACAAGGAAAGGAUUUAAGUCAGAGUUCUAUCCCAGUGAAAAGGGCAGCCUCUACUCAAGCCAAUUGUUUGAAAAUUGAGGGGUAAUUUAUGGACAAUGAAAUGCACAGAUAUUAAGGGUAGAAUUCAAGCCGUUGUGACAAACGCACGCACCCAUAUAACUCACAUCCUGAUCAAGAUAGUGGUGCCUUUCCUUAAUCCCAGAAGGUUUGCUCAUGCCUCUUCCCAAUCACUGUCCUGCCCUGUCCCAUUUCCACCAAAAGCAAGUAGCGAUUUGGUUUCUAUCAUUUGGUUUUGACAUUAUACUUUUCUUUCAUGUUUGGGUUUUUAUACAAAGAAUAUUAUUUUUAAUCCAAAAAAGUAUACAUUUUUUAAAUGAAAAGGUAACCAGGAAAAUUCUUAAAAUCUUUUUUUCUUAUUUUUUUUCUAAUGUUUAUUUAUUUUUGAGAGAGAGAGAGAGUGUGUGAGCAGGGGAAGGGCAGAGAGACAGAAUCCGAAGCAGGCUCCAGGCUCUGAGCUGUCAGCACAGAGCCCAACACAAGGAGACUUGAACCCUCGAACGGAGAGAUCAUGAGCUGAGCCAAUGUCUGAUGCUUAACUGACUGUGCCACCCAGGUGCUCCUUAAAAAUCUUAAAAAGAGGAUAACAACUGCUUCCAUUCUACUCAGUAUGAGCUAUCACUUUGUGCAUGUGGACAUAAUAGUACUCAUCUGUAACCACAGUGCUCAUACUUUUUUUGCAUUCUGCUUUUUGUAACUUUCACAAGGAUUCUUCCACAUUUCAACUAAUGAUAUGCCAUAAUUUAUUAUGGUUCUAUAAUACAACUGUUCUAUUUUUAUGUUAUGCCCAGUUUGGAGUUAUUACAGAUUAUUUUGCAAAAAAUGCCUUCAUGUAUAUAUCUGACUGUGCCGACUACUUUUUCUAGGAGAGGGAUCACUAAAUCAAAGAAUAUAGAAAACCUGAUGGGUUCUUAGUAAAUAUUUCUGCAUUGCUUUCCUGAGCAUUGUCACUGAUUAGCGACGAUGUAACCAGCAGUACACACAUAUAGGACAAUGUAUGAACACACAUCCUAGGCUAAUAAUAACAGCUACCAAAUGUUAUAUGUGUACUGUGUGCCAAGUUCAUUUACUCUCUAUCAGAUGAUUUACAUGUCAUGUUGCCAUAUUUAAUAUAACUUCACACAACAACCCUAGCAGGUAGAUACUAUUAUUAUUCCCACUUUAUGAAAGAGGAAACAAGUGUAGAGUAACUUGUGCAAAAGCACAAAGUGAUAGAGACAGGAUUUGCCUCUGUCUGAAGAGAGGCCAGUUGCUAAACCUUUAUUUUGCCUCCUUGGCAACACCUCUCUAUUAGAAACAUGUCUGUUUCUUGUAGUAUCUCUAAAGGUGUGCCAUUAGAGAUUAUUUUUGCCUGUUCUUGGAUUUCAUAUAAAUGGAAUCAUACAUUAUGUGUUCUUUCUGUUUGCCUUUGAAAACUCAGCAUAAUGCUUUUGAAAUCCAUCCAUAUUGUUGCAUGCAUUAGUAGUUUGCUCUUUUUAUUGCUAAGUAGUAUUCUAUUGCAUGAACAUAUCACAGGUUGCUUAUCCAUUCUUCUCUAAAGAUAACUAGCCUAUAUCCAGUUUUACGCCAUGAUGAAUAAAGCUACUAUAAACAUUCUGGUACAA